AUGGAUUAUAAGAUUUUAUUCGUGGUUGUGGCAAUCAUUUUACUAUCGUCCAAUACUUAUAUUAGUACGCUAUCCUAUGUUCAUGCUGUUACAAUAAACAAUAACGGUUACGAAGAUAUUACAGUGGCUCUUUCGCCGAGCAUAACACAGACAUCCAAUGCUAACAUAAUCGAUAAAAUACGUCAAUUAUUGACGGUCGCUUCUGGCUAUUUAUAUACAGCCACACGUCGCCGAGCUUAUUUUCGCCAAAUUACCAUCGUUUUACCUUCUAGCUGGUCAACGACAUCCGAUCAAUCGGUUACAGUUCAAGAUAAUUACUGGAAUGCUGAUAUCCAAGUUGAUUCUUUUGAUCGACGAUUGCUUGAUAUUGAAUUUGCCUAUGUCUUGAGGACUGGCGGUUGUAGUGUAGCUGGCCAUUCAAUUUCCAUGUCGCCAUUAUGGUUAGAUCGUUCUCUAGCUGGGCGUGAAAUGGUGCAAUUAUGGGCUCAGUAUCAAUAUGGCGUUUUUGAAGAAUACGCUAUGCGUAGUCAAGAUUUAGUUUACCUUGACUCUUAUGGAAAAUUACAAACAACUCGCUGCUCUGCGUCUUUAACAGGCAACAUCAGUCACAUUGCUACUCGUCAAAUAUGCAAAUUGCCAUAUAGCGAUCAAUGCAAAUUUUCAGCUAAUGACCCUUCCAUGGCAACGGCUUCAAUCAUGCUUGAUCCUCAUCUGAACGGGAUAUCUGAAUUUUGUGAUGACAACAAAAGUAAUCCACAAACUUUACAUAAUCGUCAAGCAAUAAAUCGACAAAAUAAUUUCUGCCGUUUCAGGAGCGUUUGGGAUGUUAUAAGUAGCUCAAAUGAUUUCGCUAAAGGAAAUAAUUUACCACGUAAUUUAACCGACGUCACCCCAAUAUUUACAGUUGUUCGGCAAGCUUACCCAAAAAUAGUCAUUGCUAUAGAUAUUUCCAAUAGUAUGAGAGGGGAAGCUUUAACACAAAUUAGGCAAUCCAUUGCUUUCUUCCUUCAAUACAUCAUCAGAGAUGGACAAUCAAUUGGCCUUGUUACCAUCGACUCAUCAGCUCAUAUAAAAUCGAGAUUAGUAUCAAUCAAAAAUACUAAUGAUCGGCAGCAAUUAAUUAAUUUGUUGCCGACAGAGACUGCUGUAACAACUGUCACUGCCAACUUGACUGCUGGUCUACUGACUUCAGUGCAGCUGCUUCGCCAAUCAUCCAACUCUUCUACUCUAUCCGGUGGUGUGGUAAUUAUUAUAACUGGUAGUGCAGAUCGAAAUCAAGUUGAUCAACGGACAUUUCAAUUAAUUCGAAGCAACAAAAUUACAGUCUUACCUAUUUCUAUUGGUCAGCUUCCUCCUAUGAUCUUAGAAACAGUUGCUACAAUAAGUCGAGGUAAAUCUUACUACGCAAUUUAUGGGAGUCCCCAGGCUUUAGUUGAUACCCUGUUGGCUAUCGAUCUGUUGUUGAUUGGACCAAAUCUGGAUGGACUCGUUCAGCUGUAUAGUAACGAAUUCUUCUUAAGUGGUGGUGUUAGCUCGCAACAGGAAGUUAUUAUCGAUAAUGACGUUGGGAAUUAUACCGAAUUUUUGGUUAUUUAUCAAGGAAGGUCUGUACGGGUUAUAUUGACGUCCCCAACCGGCAAAGAGUACACUCCUUUCUCACCUGAGUACACAGUGGAUAAUGUGUAUCAGCGUGUCAGGAUUUAUUUAGGCCCUAACCAGACAGAAAUUGGGAGUUGGAAGUUUGAGGUUACAAAUCCUGAUUCGGUUGGAACACCUACUCGUAGAAUUUCAGUUUUUUUACUAUCUAGAGCAUCUCUUAUUGCAGAUAAUUAUCCGUUAACCAUGCAAUUAAAGAUGGAUGGAUCUCAGAUAUCAUUUCCGCAACCGACGGUUUUGUCGGUAGUAGUGCGAAAAGGAUUUUUAGCUGUGGUCGGAUGCCAAGUUUCUGGAACAGUAGCUCGUCCAUCUACUAAUGUACCAAGUAGAAUAAACUUUCGAGACGAUGGAGCAGGUGCAGAUAUUACUAAAGAUGAUGGUAUUUAUUCGGCCUACUUUACGGAAUAUUCCAACAAUGGACGCUAUAGUAUGUUGGUUACUGUAACAGGAACUGUUAAUCUAACAAAAACAGAUACGCACCAAAUGGUUGGAUUGCCGAACAGCGAUACUACUUUUGCUUCUGCUGUUGUGGGUAAAGUCAACAAAACUAUCACAUACUUGAAAAGCUUUACUAGGAUGGGAUCGGGCCAUUGCUUUUACGUCAUAAACUAUACUGCAGCUAUCGAUAACUACCCUCCGUGUCGCAUUCAUGAUCUUACUGUCCUACAAGUUAACUAUCGUAAUGCUACAAUUGCGCUGCAAUGGACCGCGCCUGGUAGUGAUAUGGAUACCGGCACAGCUCAAGGUUAUGAAUUGAGAAUGAGCAAUAACUUCACGUCAUUUACCGCGGAUUUUAAUCAAGGAAGUCUAAUUAAUAGUAGUUUAUUAUCUAUAGUCAAUGGCGCUAGAUUAGAUUUACCCAAAUCAGCCGGCAGUGUCGAAAGAAUAAUAAUUAAAUUUGAGCAGAUUGCUUUAAAUAAACCGUAUGUGUUUGCUAUACGUAGUUAUGAUGAUGUAUACAGCUAUUCAUCGGUUUCAAAUUAUGCUCAGGCAAUUUUUCUUAACGAUUUUGUUGUAACAUCUCAAGAACCAAACAAAGGUUUUGCAAUUGCAAUUGUAUGUAUAGUAGUCGUUGGAAUGAUCAUUUUCAUGGUAAGUAAACGUGUCAUAUAUCAGUUGGACUACAUUAAAGUAGGUAUUUCUAUUAAUCAAAUAUGUGAGAUUUUAAGAUUGCCUGAAUGUGAUAUUCGGAAUGAUAAACAGAUUAUAAAUAAUUUGUUAAUUAUUAAAAACUACGUUCAGCUGUUUGGAAGUAGAAGGGUAUAA